GACGCGACCGGGGACCUCCGCGUCAUCCUCACCAAGCGAUCGUCCAAUCUCUCUACUCACUCAGGGGAGGUGUCGUUGCCAGGGGGGAAGACGGAGGAGGGAGAUGCGGAUGAGAGGGAGACGGCGAUUAGGGAGGCGAAGGAAGAGAUCGGCCUCGAUCCGGCGCUCGUUUCCGUCGUCACCGUUCUAGAACCAUUCAUGUCCAAGCAUCUUCUCAGAGUUGUACCUGUGAUUGGCUUGCUUCCUGAUAAGAAUGCAUUCAAGCCUAUAUUGAACACGGCUGAGGUGGAAGAAAUGUUUGACGUGCCUCUGGAGAUGUUUCUGAAGGACGAGAACCGAAGGUCAGAAGAGCGAGAAUGGAUGGGAGUUAAGUUUUUAGUACAUUAUUUUGAUUUCUCGUCGGAGAAAAAGAAAUUCGUGAUAUGGGGUCUAACUGCCAGCAUCCUGAUCCGAGCGGCAUCAGUUGUUUAUCAGCGGCCGCCUUCGUUCCCUGAGCAAUAUCGGCAGUUUAAACUUCCAAGUUCCCUUAAUGCGAAUCAAUCAACAUCGUGAAUUCAAAAUUCAUAAACGUCUAACUACAGUGUUGAAAGAAUAUACGUUCCUUCUGUAUAAAAUUGAAGCUGCUUAAUUUCUCAUGUUGUAGCAGUAAAAUUUUUUAAAAAAAUGUUGGACCCAUUUAUUAAACUGGGCCAAUCAGGCCAAACUCUCGUAGUUUUGUGGGUAAAAUAUGUUUGUAUACAUUGCAACAGAAUGUAACAACAAUGUAUCUACUUGUAUCUUAAA